AUGAAGCGACUCCGGGUUCCCCCACUCGAAGAAAAGCAAUCGCCACUGGUGACAUUUCGUGUUGGAAUCUUUAUCGUGCCAAUACUUUAUCGUCCAGCUCGUUAUUGGCUUUUAAAAACAUUGGGCCGAAUCUUUUCCGCAGCGUUUCAUCCUAUCUUUUUUGCGGAGUUUUGGCUUGCCAAUCAACUAGCAUCGCUCGAGUUAGCCUUCUUCGAUCUUGAAUAUUUCUUUUGUUUUUACACUUCGGAUCGUCAAUGGUGGUCAACAAAUUUAACAUCGCCAGCAUCACCCAAAGGUGCAUUUUGUACAGGUUGGUCAAGGUUUCUAUUACAGGCAUUUCUACUAGCAAUACCAUCUUCGAUUCGUUGUGCCCAAUGUAUCCGACGAUAUUAUGAUUCGAAACUUAAAUUUCCACAUCUUGCCAAUGCGGGCAAAUAUUCGACGAGUAUCUUAGUGGCGAUUACGAAUUCACUUCGACGUGCAACCAAUAUAUUAAGUUAUCCAGGCAAGCCAAAGAAAAACCCAUUUGUUUAUACUUGGAUCACUGCUGCGCUCAUCAGUUCAACGUACAAACUUAUAUGGGAUCUUAAAAUGGAUUGGGGUUUGUUCCAUAAGAAUGCCGGUGAAAAUAAAUUCUUACGUAAUCAUCUUGUCUAUUCAUCGAAGAUCUACUAUUAUUAUGCUAUCAUUCAAGAUAUUAUCUUACGAUACCUAUGGACAAUCAAUAUCUUUGUACAAUUUACUACAGGAACAGCUGAAUACUCUGACGUCAUUGGUUUUUCUUUCGGUCUGGUUGAAGUACUUCGCCGAUUUCUUUGGAAUUUUUUUCGUCUAGAAAACGAACAUUUGAAUAAUUGUGGUCAAUUUCGUGCGGUUCGUGAUAUUUCGAUUGCACCCAUCAAAACUGGUAUUAAUUUUUCAUUGAUCCACUCUAAGUUAAGUAACGAACCGGGCAUUCGAAGUCGACGCAGCAAAAUACCAUUCUCAACGAUUGUUGAGGAAGAAAAUAUAGCGACAUCCGAUGAUACAACUAUAGACAUCUUGAAAAAUAGUGCCGCCGAUCUUGUUGAUAAUAUGGUAUCGGCAUGUGAUACCACGGUAGUACAAAAUGUGAACGAAAUCAAUACAACGUUGAGCGAUAUCAGAGCGAAGACGCGUCAUACAUUCUCAGUUUUGGAUGAUGACUUGAAUUCAUCAAAUUCAGUUCUUCGCGUCGAUCAUUUAAAUAUAUUACUAAAACGUUCCCUAUCUGUAUAA